CCGACAUUUUGAACGCGGAACUAAACCCAUGAGUCAAGCAUGUCUGCCUUAAAUCACAACUACAAACCCGUGAGCCAUGUCGUUUUCGACAUGGAUGGAUUAUUAUUAGACACAGAGCGACUGUACACUGUGUCCUUCCAGGAAAUAUGUGACCGCUUCGGAAAGCAGUACACUUGGGACGUGAAGUCGUCAGUGAUGGGUAGGAACGCUCUCGAUGCUUCCCAGAUGAUCCGAGAUGCUCUGGAGCUCCCCAUGUCUGCCCAGGAACUCCUCGCUGAAAGCAGACGGAUACAAGAAAGGAUCUUUCCCUCCUCCAAACUCAUGCCAGGUGUGGAGAAACUGGUGCACCAUCUACAGAAGCACAACAUCCCCAUCGCAGUGGCCACCAGCUCGGCUGGGGCGACGUUCCAGUUGAAGACGUUGAACCACAAAGACUUCUUCAAUCGGUUCGACCACAUCGUUCUGGGCGAUGAUCCCGAGGUGAAGAAAAGCAAACCCCAGCCUGACUCCUUCCUGGUCUGUGCCAGAAGGUUCAUCCCUCCGACUUCUCCAGAGAACUGCUUGGUGUUUGAAGAUGCUCCCAACGGCGUGAAGGCGGCACUGGCUGCGGGGAUGCAGGUGGUGAUGAUUCCUGAUGACAACAUGGACCCCAGUCUUACCCAAGAGGCCACGCUGCGACUCCGAAGCAUGGAGCAGUUUGAGCCGCAGCUCUUUGACCUGCCGGCGUUCGACUAAGCCCAUAAACAAACCAAAAAAAUACAGAAGCAGUGCUGAUAGAGUGAGAAAACCAAGUAUACCUUACCAUGUUGUAAUUACCACUUAAUGACGGCCAUUGUUCUAUCAGAUUAGAUGUUAGACAAACCAAGCUUUAUUUACGUGACAUGUUUUUUUAUAUUUCUCAACCCCCAGGGGUGACCAGACAUGUUGAGGUACUUAGAUAUUCAUCUCCUACACAUCUGCCACCAUCCUAAUACAGGGAAAUUAAUUUGUGCUGCUCAAAACUUUCAAAAGUAGUUCUAUACCAAGUGUUGUAAUCAAAAGACAGUUUCUGAAAUCAGGAAAGCUCAUGUCUGCUUCAACACUUAAGACAAUUCACAUAUCCCCCCGUCCCUCUGGCUGAGCAGGCUUUUAAUGGAGGGCCCUCUGGAGCAGUCUGGUGCCUGGCUCCCUCAAAUAGGAUUUCACUGCACUCCCAUCCACUUCCCCCUCCGCGCCUCCCUGGCCUUUCAUCCUCAAGGAGGGUGUAGUCUCUUCGGCGUUUUCCCCCUUCCCCUGCUCACAUCACUCUGUAGUUGUCAUGGCACAACAUGUGCUUCAUUUUCCUUUUGCGUUUAAGUCUGACCACCGAGUGACUUUAGCGUUCAAACCGAUGUCUGCAUUUGAAUUUAGAUUCCAAUCAAAGGCUGCAUGAAAGUAAUGCUGGGCCAGGUCCCAAAACUGUGUAAAAUGUGUUAACUUUUCAUUAUCAAAUAAAGGAAUCCAUAACACAAAACCCAGA